GUCACAGAGCAGACUGCGGGUCCGUUCACUGGAGGUCCGAACGCACAGACGGAAGUAGAACCAACCAUGGAACAAAAGACGCGCUCUGAGGCGGACCGCACUGACCUGUUCGCCGGUUUUCGGACCGUGUUCAAGUCGUUCGCCACGGACGCCAUUCACGUGGGUCAGGAACCGGAACAGUGGAAGUCCAUGGCCGUGGUUCCGCCGAUCUCACUGUCCACCACAUUCAAGCAGGACGGGCCCGGGAAGCAUGCCGGGUUUGAGUACAGCCGGAGUGGAAACCCUACAAGAAACUGUUUAGAGAAAGCUGUGGCAGCUCUGGAUGGAGCCAAGUACUGCCUUGCUCUCGCCUCUGGACUGGCAGCCACAGUGACCAUCACUCACAUGCUUAAGGCCGGUGAUGGAAUCGUCUGCAUGGAUGACGUAUACGGAGGAACAAACCGCUACUUCCAAAGAAUUGCAGCUCAGGUUGGUCUGGAGGUGUCUUUUGCUGACUGCACAAAACCAGAGUGCCUUAAGGCUACGCUCAAGCCCAACACAAAACUGGUGUGGAUUGAGACGCCUACCAACCCCACGAUGAAGGUGGUUGACAUCCGGGCCUGUUCGGACAUAGUCCAUGAACACAACAAAGACAUCGUGGUGGUCGUGGACAACACCUUCAUGUCUUCCUAUUUCCAGCGUCCCUUGGCCCUCGGAGCAGAUAUCUGUAUGUACUCAGCCACGAAAUACAUGAACGGUCACAGUGACGUGGUCAUGGGUCUGGUCUCAGUCAACCGGGAUGAUCUGUAUGAGCGACUCAAAUUUCUGCAGAAUGCCCUGGGCGGUGUGCCGUCUCCGUUUGACUGCUACCUGUGCAACCGUGGCCUGAAGACGCUGCACCUGCGAAUGGAGAGACACUUCAAAAACGCUUUGGCCGCUGCCAAGUUUUUGGAGGCGGACCCUCGGGUGGAGCGUGUCAUCUUCCCAGGCCUGCCCUCUCACCCUCAACAUGAGCUGAUGAAGAGACAAUGCACUGGAUGUCCUGGAAUGAUCACCUUCUACAUUAAAGGGAAGUUGGAGCACGCCUCCGCUUUCCUCAAAGGCCUCAAAAUGUUUGCAGUAGCAGAGAGUCUGGGUGGUUAUGAAAGUUUAGCAGAACAUCCGGCGAUAAUGACCCAUGCAUCAGUGCCAGAGCAGGAGAGGAAGGCCCUGGGGAUCAGCGACACACUGAUCCGUCUGUCUGUGGGACUGGAGGACGAGGAGGACGUCAUCCAGGACCUGGACCAGGCCCUGGCGGCUGCACAUCCAAAGAAGAACUGAAAUGUCUUCAUGUCUCGUCCCGGAGGCUGAGGUCAGAUCAGUGGAAUUGGAAAUGAAGAACGGAGACAUUUGGUACCUCAGUUCAGUGAAUGAACAGCAAAGAGUCACCUAUCAGGGAACAAGUCUUCAAUUAAAGAGUUUUGAUAAUCUUUUUUGCAUAUUUUACUAGAGCAUCGGUUGUAAUUUAUCUUUUUUUUUUUUUUUUUUUUGAUUUGUUUUUUAUGUUUCUAUGUUUUGUUUUAAUUUAGUUUGGUUUGAAGGGCUUCAGUAAAGGCAAAUGAAACACUGUCCUAUUCACACAGCUGAAGUACUGCAGGAAAAAACAAAAAUAAUCACAACAUCAUCACUCAAUGUUCUGUAUUCUCGCUUUAAAUACUUACGCCGCAUUUUAGUUUAACGCACAGAAUCUGCAUUCCGGAUCGGAAAAAAAGUACUGAUCACUGAAUCGACAAAAGGUUUCGUCUGGAAACUGUAUCGACCAUUUGCCCCAUUGCCUUCUUCUAACAUAUGGAUGUACUGAGUCAUGCUCUUUCGAAUAUUCUGUAGACUACCGAAACUCAGGCUGAGUUUUUGGCGCCACCUGCUGUACAAAAGUCGGCAGUUUUCUGUCUCGGGGCCGUCGACAUCUGAUACUAUUUUAAGAAUAUAAUUAUACCGCAAAGAACACAUUGUACACUGUUCAAAUCUCAUGAACUGAAAUGGUUUUAUUUAGCUGCAAAAGCACAAGAAAAAAACCCCAAAAUAUGUGUAGAAGCCAAUAAUGUAAUAACGGCCGAUAACAUAAUGAAUUUGCUAAUUUUAUAAUGUAGUAAGCCAAUAAUGUAAUAUCUGGCCAACAAUGUAUUAAAAGUCCUGAACCGAUAACGAAAUAGUUUUUGGUCAAUAAUGUUAUAACUUAUUGACUGGUUGUUACGUUAUUGGCCGGGUUAAAAAAAUUCUUUGCAAAUGUAAUAACUGAGCCAAUAAUGUAAUAAGUUAAAACGUUAUCGGUUCAGGACUUUUAUUACGUUAUUGGCUUAUUACAUUUUAAAAAUGGCAAAUUAAUUACGCUAUCAGCUGUUAUUACGUUAUCAGUUAUUUCAUUAUUGGCUUCUGCAGUAUGGAUUAAAGGAUGGUCUGUUUGUCUGAGUCUGGAGAUUUUAAAGCCCGAAAAAGAAAAAGUUUCAAUGGUAUUAAAAAUGCAAAUUAAAAAAAAGUUAACUGUGAUAUUAAAAUAUGUGUUGCAAUUAAAAGUUCUUGUAAAAACUUGUUU